AUGAACGACUUACAGGGAACAAUUGCAGAAGUCUCAGCGGGUAAAAUGUGUAAGAAUGCUGUGGAUAGAAGCCAAGGCCAGUUAGUUGAUAUCACCAUUGGUCUACUUAUGAUGCUGAUCUUCAUCUAUAUGUUGCUGAAAGAUAUGCACCAUAAAGUGAUGUUUUAUUACGAUUGUUUCCGUUUUAUUUACAGACCAAGUCAGCUCAGACGGCUUGAAAUAGCAUAUCAAUCGUUCUAUGAAAAGUUGACUACAGUUGAUUUGAUGAAAUUUCCAUUGUUGGAGGAACUAAACCUUUACAAGAUAGAAAUCUCAAAAGAAGAGAUUGAAACUGUUGGCCGUUAUUGCCCAAUGUUAAAAACACUCAAAGUGAAUCAAAGAGGAUGGAGAAUGUUUAUUGCUGAUGAAGGGACUUUAACGAGAUAUAAUGAGAUAGCCAUGGCUAUUGGACAAAACUUGCUUGGGAUAAGGCACCUUGAACUCAUUGGAAACAAGAGGACCAAUGUUGGGUUGCGUGUGAUUCUGGAUAACUGUCAUCACCUUGAAACACUUGACUUGCGUGAAUGCUUUUACAUUGAUCUUAAGGGAGAUCUAGGGAAACAAUGUUCUAAACAGAUUAAAUAUCUUAAACUUCCCAAUGAUUCUCUUAAAGACUGCCCUUAUAUUUUUUAUGCAACAUUUGACGGCGACGAUGUCUUAGCCGAUUACUGCGCUGAUGCCUAUGAAGUUUCUACAUAUGAGUAA